AUGGAUCAACUUUUUGUCAUAAAAAUUGGCUGGCAUUAUAUCCCAUUUCAGGCUAUAGUUGGCUUUUUCGUAUAUUUCAAGCUCAGUGCUGUACUGCUGAAUGUGCAGGAUCCGGUUGCGCCAUUUGAGAACUUAUUUUGCGCUGUAUUUAUGGGCGGUAUUUGGGAUGCAAUGUCCAGGGCAAUCACGGCAAGUCGAGAGCGAAGAGCAGUUGGCCAAAAGGCAGAAAAUGGGGCGAUACCAGCGGAAGGGAAGAAAGAGCAAUGA